AGGUUUUAAAUUAUACUAAUCAGAAUGUGAUAACGUCAAGGCGCUCUUAAUUAUAUUACAUACAAAUAUGUGAUAGCUGGAUUGAGUGGAUGUUUUUUAUGUACAAAGUGCUAGUGAAUUUGAUUUAAGUAAAUAUGAUAGAAUUCAUUUUAUUAUUAAGUAUAUUUUCGGCGUCAUGCACCGCCGAACUUGUAGAAUCCUUCGUGGAACCACCCCUACGGGUGGAUUUAGCGGCAUUAGAGGAUUUUAAAACUCUUACUGCAAGGAAUGCAUUAGUAUAUCAAUCUUGGAUCCAAAUGCCGCUUGAUCAUUUCGAUCCACAAAAUACUGAUACAUUUUUAAUGCGUUACAUGUUCAAUGAAGAAUUCUUUGGUGGCGAUGGAUCUCCGAUAUUUAUAAUGUUUGGCGGCGAAUGGGAUAUUACCCCUGGUUGGCUGACGACUGGCAACAUGUAUGAAAUGGCUAGAGAAAAUAAUGGUUAUCAAAUCUAUACAGAACACCGUUACUAUGGACAAUCUCUGCCAUUCCGAGAAUUUACAACAGAAAAUUUAAGGUUCUUAAACAUCGACCAAGCGUUAGCUGAUCUUGCCUACUUUAUAUUAGAUCUCAAAAGGCAACCUCGAUUUGCCAACAGUAAAAUUGUUGCAUACGGUGGUUCCUAUGCAGCGAACAUGGUUUUAUGGUUCAAAAAACGCUACCCUCAUCUAGUAGAAGGUGGUGUAGCAUCUAGUGGACCUAUUUUAGCUCAAGUUGACUUUCAAGGAUAUUUGGAAGUAGUUCAUGAAGCCUUUCUACUUGAAGGCGGAGAACAAUGCAUAAAUACAAUCGAUGAAGGUAUAAAGGCUACUAUUGCUGCGAUGGAGACUGAGGAAGGCAGAAGAGAAUUAGAAGCAGCUUACAGAUUAUGUACAUCUCUCAAUUACGACAAUAGGCUUGAUUUGGGAUAUUUCGGCGGCCUUAUCUCCUGGUCGUUUUCGGGAGCUGUACAAACUGCUAGACCUGGCACUUUACUAAAUAUCUGCAAUAACUUUGCUACCGAUAUAUAUGGACAAACGCCGAUGCAAAAAGUUGGUGGAUUUAUAGCACAACACCAAAAUUUGGCUAGCAAUUCCUGCUGGAGUAUGGGUUUUCAGGCACUGAUUAAUACCUACUCUUUUGUGGGAAAUUCGCGUGCUUGGUACUAUCAAACAUGUACGGAGUAUGGAUUUUACCAGACCGCCCCACGAAGCGGUACCGUAUUUGACGCAUUAGUUUGGCUCGAUGUCCCGUUCUACGUUGAAGUGUGUAAACAAGCAUUCACAGAAAAAUUUGACGAAGCGUUUGUCUACGACGCUGCAGAUCGAGUAAAUUUGAUCUACGGCGGAUUGCAACCAGUCGUCAAUAACACUAUAAACAUUCACGGCUAUAUCGACCCCUGGCGCGCAUUAGGAGUGUAUGACAGUGACCUGCAGGAAAGUUCCCCAACCUUCACAGUUUCAAGGGCCUCACAUUGUUUCGAUAUGCGGCCGUGGGCGGAUUCAGACACAAUAAGGAUGACACAAGUGCAACAAAGAGCAAGAAGAAUAGUGGCCAGCUGGCUUCAAUAAACACACGCUUAAUUAUAUGU